UCCGUUUCCUGCUCUUCACUCUUCAGAUUUGAAAAAAGUCCUCAGAACAAAUCUACCAUUUUACUUUCGCUUGUAUACGAUUGAUUAUUAUGCUUCGAUUUUGAACCCGCUGAAGAUGGCCACUUUAACGUGAACAUCGUCGGAUCGUUUCAUAAGUGAAUGGCACUCAGUGCACGUUGUAUACAACAGCGCAAACUAGACAACAACUGAGAAAUGGCCGAUGUGCCCAUGGCCAACGGGCAUUUGGAGCCCGGGGAACUAGCCCUUCUGGCCGCUACAUCGGCUGCACACCACCCCGACCCCCCUCUCCCCAAUGGCCCCCACGUGAUCGUCUCCAGCCAGCCGCAGCAGUGGCGGGAUAUCCAGGCACAGUUCGCCGAGUGGUCGCGGGAGAUCCAUCCGGGGGAACUGCUGUCCACGCCCGCCUUUACUCUCUACGACGCCAUGUCGGCCAUCGAGCUCAUGGAUGUGAAGAUGGAUAUCGGGUUGUCGCUCAAGGACCGAAAGAUCAAAUCCUUCGAGGAUGGUGUCGUGAAAGGCCUGAUGAAACUGGAGGGUUUCAGCUCAAGCGAUUAUCUGGCUGUGAUGGACCGGAGUCUGCCGUUUGUGAUAAUGUGGAUGCAGGGCCACUGUGUUGCUCAAACCGUCUUCACGCUGCUUUACCUCCACAAACCGGAGGCACUGCGGGACGAACUCAUGCACGCCUACUGUGUGACGCUGCUGGAGCUGAUUGAUCAUGUCCGGCAGAUUAUGCUGGAUGGCGGCGUCGUCGAGGAAGAGGACUUCCAGGUGAUGUCGCCGAUCAGCAUCCCCAACCUCUUCAACGACCCCAGCAAACCCCGCUCCGCCCUCUCGAAAUCUCUCAAAAUUGCCGAGGAGACCUGCGCCCGCAAUGCCCGCCGGCUGAAAUCCGCGGCCUCCCCGGCGGAAGUCGACGAAGCAGCGCGCUGGAACGCCAUCGCCCUGCGCUUCAAGUUCCUCCGCACCCUGGUGCAGUUUCUCUCGGCGUUCCGCUGGCGGUCGGACGCCUUCUUCACCGAAGCGCCACAGCAGUUGGAGGUGCUGCAGACCACCCUGGAGAAGAUUGUGGGAGGAUACUUUCUGGACGGGGAGCGGGUACUGCAGGCGCCGGGUUUUGAGCCGCUGAUUAAUCUGCAUUUAUUGCCGCCGUCCUUUCCCCGGCACACCCCGUUGACGCUGGGUGAAGAGACGUUCGUCUUUAUGAAGCGGCUGGUGGACGGGUUGAAAGUGGUGAUGAGCGUGAGGGAGAAUGUGGGGAAGUUGGAUGUGCUGUUGGGUAUGUUGCGGAAAGAGUGUGGGCUCUCGUCGUUGGCGCUGAUCAGGUCGAUGAUGCAGAUUGUGAUCAGCCACUCCCUGGGCAUCAAUCUCCACUCCCCUCAUUCCUAUCCCUCCGCCCCGAUUUCCCAACCGCCUCCGUGGUUCCUAUUGCCGUUGAGUGACGGCAUCAUGGAGUCCAUCCGCGUCUUCACCUCCGCGCCCGUCUUCCUGAAUUCGCAUCUACCCCAGUCUGCCGAAACGACGGAAUACGCGGGAACGUUCGUCCGCAGUUGUGUGACGGUCUUCUCCAAUUUACUGCGGGUGUACGGGCUGAAUAAGGCACGACAGCGGGAUGCGCUGGGCGUGGCGCUGGUGGAUGUGUUCACGCUGCAGGAGGACGCCGAGAAGCUGGAUGAUUAUUUCAAUCAGCAGUUAUUGGAACAACGUCUGCCGGGAUUUACACACCACUUUUGCCUGGCAUCGUGGACACUGAUGACGAUGCUGCACUGCAUGAGCGAGUACCUGUUAUCGGGAUUCGAGCUGGAUUUGUACGCGCCGACGGAGCUGCACUUUGUGUACUGGUAUCUGUACGAUGUGCUGUACCACUGCGAAAUCCAGACGGUGGCGCGCGCCGAUAAUGCGGUGCGGGAGAAUGAAACCGCGUUGGGAGCGUUCUUGGAGAAUGAAGCACGCAUGGUUCGCAAGAACGGCAAGAAGAAGCCGCCGCUGAAGAGCAAAACCUCCGAUUCCAGUCUGAACUCCCGACCGCACCGCGGGGUGCUGGCGCGGGCGCAAUCCCUCCAUUACCUGUGUGGCGCCUACCAGCUGACCGUGCUCGGUCUGCAGAUGCAGGGUAAAAUCCGUCCCAGUGAUGACUCUCUGGACAACGAAGAAUUCCGCUAUUAUAAUCGGUUGAUGCCGUUUAUGGAGCGCAACGCACCGGCCUUUGUCGAUUAUGAGCACUACUGCGCAGUGCGCUCCGUUCUGUGUGAGCAUCAGCUCUUCCCUGGUCGGCUGGACUUCGAUAAGAACAAUGAGAGCAAUGCGGUUGUGAUGGAUAUUUUCCGGAGGGCAUCGCAGAAUAUUCAGAAUGCUGAGAAGUUGUUUCCCUACUGGGCUGAUGAGGACCAAAAAGUGCGUUUGACAAAAGUUUGUCGACGGAAUGAUGUGAUUUUGAAAAUUCUUGCCACUGGACGAAAUUGCAAGAGCGUGGAGCUGGUGCACGAUGAGCAUCCGUGGUUUCCUAGUCUGAAACUGGUGUGACGCAGUGAACACAGUGGAUAGAUUGUAUGCAAUUUUUGCGAGUAUUUUCCGUUGUUGAUGGGGUGGCUUGUCAAAACGGAGGGGUGGUGCUGAUUGGUUUGCUUCCCGGUUGUGGUCUGUGCGUGGACAAUGCAGGGCUUUCCCCUUUUUUCAACUUCGUCUCUUCCUUCCAGUGUACUUCGGUUAUUCUUUCUCGUUCAGUUUGAAUUUCCUGUCUGUUUAGUUCAUCUACUGGAAUUUACAUAAAAAAUUCAGUCUGAAUCCGAGAGAAUAUUUCCUAACCUCUGCAAAAAAAAUAAUAAA